AUCAGAAACAAAAUGAGUCCUUUUCGUUGACCUACUGAGUCUUUAUAAUUAAACCGUGCAUAGAUGAUAUUUGUGGUCAUAUACAAAAGGCUCCUCUUCCUGUCUGUUUGAUUAUGUCUUGUGAUUGUUAAUACAUGUACAUAUACAUAAUCAUGUGCCUACUAAUUCACCCAUGCACGUAUAAAGAAGUAUCAUUUCUUUAUUUAUUUUGAAUUGUCUAUUUUCCUCGAGGUUUAGAUUGAUUUCACAACAACUACUAGCAGCUAUAUGUACUUCUGCAGCUUAAUCUUCAUUCACAGUGUAUAAUUUGUAGUAUGUAAUAUUUAUAAUAUGAAUCUUUUUGGUUAAACAACUGACUCCUUAUUAUUAAACAACAAAUAGAUUAUAGAUGACCUUUGUGUUCGUAUUUGAAAGGGUUCUCUUCUUAUAUGUCUGAUUAUGUCCUGUGACUACUAAUACAUACAUCUAUUAGCAAAUGCUAUACACUACAAACUUUUCGCAUAUGAAUUUCAAUCAAAAUGAAACUAACCAAUCAGGAGUCAGGACCCAUACUUUUGACUUAAUAUUUAGAGAGAAAACACAGCAACACAAGACCAAUCACAUUUAAUUUCAUGGGUGAUAAGCUUAGAGUCUCCAUUUUCGUUUGACUGGUUAUGGAUUUUAAAUGCCUGGUCUUUAUCCUAUCUUGCAAUCAUUAGUGACAAUAAGCAUCAGCACUCUGCCACAUCCAGUUCCCUUCUGCGUGUUCCUUUCUUCUACUCUCUCCAGUCCGGCCAAAGCGAAGCUCCUUCCAUCAUUUUCAGUUUUUUCUGUCAAGUGCUGUUGCUUCUGCUCCCAAACUUAUCCAAAUAUUGCUUGUAACAAGUCGCCCAUGAACUUGUUGAGCAGAAUCGUUGGGUUGGGUAGCCCAAGGGCUGCACAAAACAUGAAUUCAACCACUGCUCAGGGACCAGAUGAUGAGAUACCAGCACCAGGUCAACAGUUUGCCCAGUUUGGUGCUGGCUGCUUUUGGAGUGUUGAGCUGGCCUUCCAGAGGGCAGCAGGGGUGACCAAGACAGAAGUUGGUUAUAGCCAGGGGCAGUUGCCUAAUCCAAGCUAUGAGGAUGUGUGUAUGGGAACCACACACCACUCGGAGGUUGUCCGGGUCGAGUAUGAUCCCAAUGAAUGUAGCUAUGAGAGUUUGCUUGAUGUGUUCUGGGCUAGACAUGAUCCUACCACACUGAAUCGGCAGGGUAAUGAUGUAGGAACACAAUACAGGUCUGGAAUAUACUAUUACACACCUGAACAAGAGAAGGCAGCCAUAGAGUCUCUGGAACAACAACAGAAGAAGCUGAACAGGAAGAUUGUUACUGAGAUCCUUCCUGCCAAGAAGUUCUACAGGGCAGAAGAAUACCAUCAACAGUACCUUGAGAAAGGAGGGAGAUUUGGUUCCAAGCAAUCUGCUUCUAAGGGAUGCAAUGAUCCAAUUCGAUGCUAUGGUUAGAUUAAUAUGUCUAGAUGUUGAAAGCAGGGAGUUUUCUUGAUAAGUAUUUGUUAAUAUAUCAAUAAAGUAAUUCAAAACCUACCUACUCUCUGUAUUGUAUUUAUAGGGUGAAGAUCACUAUAGAAUUAGAAUCAAUUUUAGAGUUAUAUAGUAUUUUAUAUGUAUAGUUCUCUAAUAAGCUGGUUUUAUAAUAACUUUAAUUAGUGGCA